CCUGGGCAAGUACGAUGUGCGAUCGGUCGAGUUGGGCGCCAGAGCUUAGCGCGGUUGGUUCGGUCGGUACUCGAGGUCAAGAAUUUGUUCGAGGGUAGAAAAACCAGCAAAGUACACUUGAUUAUUAAGGAAUAAAGGACAAUGGCCUUGUUUAGAUUGAGCGCUGCACGUUGCCUGGAGGUACAGAAACUGAGCGCCCCAGUAAUUCUCCGUCAGCUGUCAUCGGAAUCGACUGACUUAAAGAAGAUCCUGACUGAAAAAAUCCCCCAGGAGCAGGAGCGGAUUAAGGCCUUCAGAAAGAGCCAUGGCUCGACCAAAGUCGGGGAAGUCACCGUUGAUAUGAUGUACGGUGGUAUGCGAGGAAUAAAGGGUCUAGUGUGGGAGCCAUCGGUGCUGGACGCUGACGAGGGCAUCAGAUUUCGUGGUAAAUCAAUUCCCGAAUGUCAAAAACUCCUGCCAAAAGCACCAGGAGGUGCUGAACCUCUGCCCGAGGGUCUCUUCUGGCUCUUGAUCACUGGUGAUGUACCCACCGAUGCUCAAGUUAAAGCCAUAUCGAAGGAGUGGGCAGCCAGAAGCUCACUUCCUGCUCACGUUACCAAAGCGCUCAACGAUUUUCCAAAGCAUCUCCAUCCAAUGUCCCAAUUUUCAGCUGCCAUUACAAUUCUCAAUAGUGAGAGUGAAUUUGUUAAGGCUUAUAGCAGUGGUACACACAAGAGCAAAUACUGGGAGUCCAUCUACGAGGAUUCUAUGAAUCUUAUUGCCAAACUACCAGUUAUUGCUGCCACUAUUUACCGUAAUACAUACAAGAAUGGAAAGGGACUGGGAUCUGUUGACAGUGGAAAGGACUGGUCCUGGAAUUUUGCUAAUAUGCUGGGAUAUGACAAUCCUGAAUUCAUUGAGCUCAUGAGACUGUACCUGACCAUUCACUCAGAUCACGAGGGUGGCAAUGUGUCAGCUCACACUGUUCACUUGGUGGGUUCAGCUCUGUCUGAUCCCUAUCUCUCCUUUGCUGCUGGUAUGAAUGGCCUUGCUGGACCCCUUCAUGGCCUCGCCAAUCAGGAAGUACUUGUUUGGCUACAGAAACUUCGGUCGCAAGUGGGUGAUGCACCCAGCGAUGAUAAGCUCAAGGAAUUCAUCUGGAAUACUCUCAAGAGUGGACAGGUAGUUCCUGGCUAUGGGCAUGCUGUGCUCAGGAAAACUGACCCCAGGUACACCUGCCAGAGGGAGUUCGCUAUGAAACAUCUCCCCAAUGAUCCCCUCUUCAAGCUGGUGUCCCAAGUCUACAAAAUCGUUCCCCCAGUUCUCCUUGAAACUGGUAAAGUAAAAAAUCCAUGGCCCAAUGUUGACGCUCAUUCUGGUGUUCUCCUUCAAUAUUACGGAAUGAAGGAGAUGAAUUACUACACCGUUCUCUUCGGAGUGUCACGAGCACUGGGUGUACUCGCAUCACUCGUGUGGGAUCGAGCUCUUGGUCUACCAAUUGAACGCCCCAAAUCCCUCAGCACUGAUCUCCUCAUGAAGGCCGCCAAGGCAGCUUAAAUGAUUAAUCAUCAUAUUUACUUAAUUAUUAUGUUCGUAUCAAACAUCCGAGGUCAAACAAUGCGAAUCGAUCAGUGAAUUGUCGAGUAGAGUUGUAAUUUAUUUUUUUGUCAGUUGUCAUUUUUUUCCCUCCUCUAGAGCUCUCAUUUCAGGACCUCAACGUUAAUGUUCAGUAAAUCUCACUUUUACUACAUCCUCUA